AUGCUGGUUUUCCUGUGGCUUGUAACAAUUUACAAUUUUACCCUCCCCUAGACAGUACCAAUAUUGAAAACAUGGCCGACAAGACAAAUUUCAGAAAUAGUAUUUCUGAUGACAUCGAAGGCGAUAURAUGGAGGAARACGAACAACCGCCGAAGCCAAGUUUACCUAAGAGAAUCCUCUCUUUCCUUAUUAAGAAUUAUCUUCCRAUAAUGCUYAUUUUCCUAGUCGUUUUUGGWAUUUUGGUUCCAGCGCCGGGAGCGUUUCUWGCCAAAUAUCCCACACACUACGUUUGCAUCGUUGGUCUUUUUCUUCACAGUGGUAUUAAGCUAAAAACUGGUGAGAUAAAAGACGCUUUUCGUGCCUAUAAGGCAUUGAUACUUCAGAUUGUUAUUAUAAUGCUUAUUACUCCAAUCAUCGGUGUGAAACUCACGGGACUGUUGCCGUUCGGCGCCGGUAGUGGCAAAGAUCAAAAUGGCUACACAAAUACUACAAAUAUUACGCAAUCGUCGUCUAACCGAUCGCAUCGGGAAUUGUCUGUUAGCUCAUGGCUGGGACCAGAAGCUUUUCGUGUUGGUAUCCAAAUGUAUUUUAUUGUUCCUUGUGACCUUAGAGUUGAGAAUGCUGGAGGGAAUGCUGCAUUAGCUUUGAUGACGACUGUUGUCUGUAACUUAAUGGCAGUAUUUACUGUGCCACUGAUGAUAAAAUGGCUCAUGUCCUUUGAGGGAGUUAAAAUUGACAUAGUUAACUUAUUGGUGAAACUCAUUCUUACAGUCCUGCUCCCUUUGUUGGUUGGCAAGGGCAUGAGAUAUAUCCCCAAAGUCAAGCCCUUUGUUAAGAAAUACAGCAUCACGCUUAAGACAAUGAGUGUUACCCUGCUGACAGCGAUCCCCUGGAUGAAAGUGAGCGUCUCAAGUCAGCAAGGAGCCUUUGGUGAUGUCUCAGUUGGAAGUGUAUUUGCAUUAUUAGGAUGGGGAUUGUUUCUGCACUUUGGUUUUAUGGUAAUGAACCUAUUACUUUCUCUGCUCUUCCGCAUCGACACACCAGCUCUCAAGUGCAUUGUUGUUCUGGCCAGUCAGAAGUCUCUAACUGUUGCUGUGACUAUAAUGGCACUGCUGCCAUUCAGUGGUGUUGAACAGGGAAUAAUGGCACUGCCAAUUGUUAUUAUACAUCUUGGUGUACUAGUUUUAGAUGCAGUUAUAGUAACUAUAUGGCAUAACUGGGAAAUGAAACGGGAAACUAAAAAGGAACUGAAUGGGAGAAUAUAUUUGAAUGAAAUUCCUGAUGAAGAAUCAGUUGAUGAUAAAAUUUAAAAUAACAGUUUAUUAUCAUUUCCAAAUGGUUUUCAUUUUCUGAGGAAACAGAUUAUAAAAGCUUGCUGGUGUAAUAUUAUUUAAUAAUAUAAUUCUUGAUUAAUUAUAAAUAUCUAUUUCUUUGAU